GUCUACGUCGCGACUCUGAGUCGCACGCAAGCGCGAGUCUAUAUAUAAACUAUUCGUCCUUUAAUUCUUCCUAAGUCUCCAAGGAUCAAACUAUUUUUCAAAUACCCAGUAAUCAUUUUAAAUAAAAAAUUAAAUCCUGCUACUAAAAAAUCAAUCAGUUUCGUGAUAAAUAAAACGUGAAUUAAAAACUAGUUAGUGAACAUGAUACAGAUUUUAGGGUAGUUUUGUUCAAAUUUUGUGUGAUAGAUGAUUGAACUAUCUAAUUGCUAGUCAAGUGAAGUGUUUUACCAUAGGACCAAAGAAUUACACCUAAAAAGGACUGUGAUAAAUCCUGCCACUGGUGUUACUGAGCGAAGAGUCUAGUGAUCUUUCUUCCAGGAGCUUCGACUAUGGUGGUAUUGAGCCGUGUGGGUUCGCCGACAAUGUCAGCGACUGUUGCCGGUACUCAGCAACAGCAACAUCCUCAUCAAGAGUGGGAUAUCAAUGAUCCAAAUGUCCCCAGGGUCAUUGAGUAUGAUCCAUGGUGCGAGUGGGCUGACGGUCACGUGAGACGAGUCUAUGGUCCAGAUUGCGAAGAAGCGAGAAGACACGCUUCCGGCUGGGCAAUGAGAAAUACGAACAAUCACAAUGUGAGCAUCCUCAAGAAAUCAUGCCUAGGAGUUCUAGUUUGUUCGCAAAGUUGCAUUCUCCCUGGAGGCAACAGAGUACAUCUUCGACCUGCAAUUUGUGACAAGGCGAGGAAGAAGCAACAGGGAAAACCUUGUCCAAAUAGACAAUGUACAGGAAGACUGGAAAUUCUUUCAUGUCGUGGACAUUGCGGUUAUCCAGUAACUCAUUUCUGGAGACAUACGGAGCAUGCAAUAUUUUUUCAAGCCAAAGGACAACAUGAUCAUCCAAAACCAGAAGCGAAAUCAACUUCAGAAGCGAGAAGAAGUGUUGGUGCUGGUAGAAGAGUGAGGGGUUUAGCUGUUAUGUUAGCGAGAGAAGCAGCUUUGGGCACGAAGAUAAUGUCCUUGAGAGGUACAAAGAGGCCGAGCUCAGAGCCAAUGGAAAUACCAAGAACACCUCAGCCUCCUCCUCUUAUUUCUAAUAAAGAAUACUCUUGUUCCUGUCCACCAUUCGAAUGUGUCUGUGGACUUCAAUCAAGCCAGCCGUCUUAUCCAUCCUCUCAUCAUCAUCAUCACCAUCAUCACCACCAUCAUCAUCAGAACACAGGAAUUUACAAUCAACAACCAGUCACCACAGAUACUCCUUACUGGAUGCAGGAUCAAGUUCAAUCUCACGAGAACACUCUAGGAUACACUCUCCCAAGUCAAGUUCCCCAGGAGGCAGCGUAUCCCGAUUUCCCAGCGUUCACUGGCGAUCUCUUUCAACCCGAAGAAAUCUUCCAAUUGGAUCAACCUUUACGACCUGAUUUUCCCAUGAAUGCACAGGACGUUGCUCGAUCGCCAUCAACCUUACUCGACCUCGGCAGCGGUACCAUCAAAUACGAAAUGAAGCAAGAGAAUCAGGACAAUUAUUGGACCCAAUUUCUCAGCGAGGACUCGAGCAGCAGCCACUUGAGUCUUCCCCAUCAACAAGAAGACAGACUUCAACUCCACAAUUUCGACGCUGAAAAGAAUUUCGAAUCAAAUCGCCGUUCAAUGAACAAUUGUUACCCCAUGACAAAGGAUGCAAAUCAAAAUAAUUCCCUCGAUGGGGCAAUAAAUUAUCCCUCCUAUCCUCGCACCCAGAGUCAAAAGGAUUUCGAUAGCAGAAAAAAUGACGAUAAUCAAACCAACUUCUGGUGUCAGGAGGAUCGAGUUAAUUUCUCGAGUUUCGAUUCCCCAAAGGAAAAUCUCAUUGACGAAAGGAACACCUUCGUAUUCCAAAAGCCAGACGAUCUCAAAGCACAAUCAAUCGAUCAACUUCAAGCUAGUCGCUCGCCAAGUGCGGAGAAUAAUUCAAAUUUCUCCAGUUUCACUAGCUAUCAAGUCAUUGAGCCAGUGACGAAGAGUCCAGCGAAUCGUUCACCCCAUAAUCAUGAUCGUUUGAAUUACGAGCAAAAUCCCGCGGUUAUCGAACGACUCUUCUCAGAGCAGAGUGUAACCGAGUCGACGAUACAUUCGCAAAAUAGUCCCGAGCCAUACUUCUAUCCCAGUCAGGAUCGUUGUCAAUAUACUUGCGAAGUUUUGGACACGAGAAUCCCACAGGUGGCAGUGAAUAAUAAUCAUUCGGUGAAUUAUGACGAUGUCACUGAUCUCGAAUUACCGCCUUUCGUCGAUUAUACUCUCGUUAGUAUGUUCUCCAGUUCCGGCAAUGACGAGACGACGUCGGCAAUUCUCUCCAAUUGCUCCCAAACUGGUCAGAAUUAUGUUCCCAAUCAUUAGGUGUAUAUCUUUUAUUUUUACCUGUGUAUUAUAAAAUAAAAUAUUGUUAGUUGCACACAAAAAAAUUAAGUUUUUAAAUUUAGAAAAAAUUUCUUUUUACCUUUCCUUUUGCACUCUUUUCAAGAUUGCCAUAAAAAUGCGAUUUUAUUUUUUCCUGAUGGACAGACAGAACUGGACCCUAAAGAUUAUUUUCAUUCACUCUAAAAAUAAUAAUUAGA